UUGCAUGGUCGAAGUCCUUAAAAACCAGGACUUUCAUGACGUGAAAACCCAUUCUCUUCAGACUCCAAUUCUCCAUCGAAAAAAAAGACAUUGUUCGAGGCUUGAAAGACCCAAAAGAUGAAGAGUUCAAGCCCUAAAAGGAAGCUCCUGAGAUUGAGAUGUUCAGUUCAGAGCUAUGAUUGGGGAAAAGUUGGUGAAGAUAGCGAAGUGGGCAAGCUUUUUUGCUUGAAUUCAAAGAUCCCAACCGAAAACAAGCCUUAUGCUGAGCUUUGGAUGGGUACUCAUGGUUCGGGACCGUCUUUUAUAGUGGAUGAUGACUCAGGUUCAGAGGCGUUGCUUCUCAAAGAUUGGCUUUGGGAGAACCCGGAAGCCAUCGGUGAAAGGGUUUUACAGAGAUGGGGAAAGGAAUUGCCUUUUCUGUUUAAGGUCCUUUCAAUUGCCAAGGCUCUAUCAAUACAAGCUCAUCCAGACAAGGAAUUGGCUCAAGCUUUGCAUAAUUCACGUCCUGAUAUGUACAAAGACUCUAACCAUAAGCCUGAGAUGGCUUUGGCUCUUACGGAGUUUGAGGCCUUGUGUGGAUUCAUCAGUGUUGAGGAGCUGAAGGGUGUCCUCAGUAGUGUCCCAGAGAUCCUUGAUCUGGUAGGUGAUGAAGCUGCUCUCCAACUUUUGAAUAUAGAAGAAGGGGAUGGGGAGGAGACUGUGAAAGCUACUUUGCAGUCAAUCUUCACCAAACUGAUGUCAGCAGACAAUGUUGUGGUCUCAGAAGCGGUAUCAAAGAUGAAGAGUCGUCUAGAGAUGGAAGUUAAGGAAAGGAAGCUAACAACAAAAGAACAUCUCGUACUGAGGCUAGAAAAGCAAUACCCUGUGGAUGUCGGGGUCAUAUCGGCCUUUUUCUUGAACUACCUGAAACUUCAGCCUGGGGAAGCCCUCUAUCUAGAUGCCAAUGAGCCCCAUGCUUACAUUCAUGGGGAGUGCAUUGAAUGCAUGGCCACCUCUGACAAUGUUGUACGUGCGGGACUCACCCCAAAGUAUCGUGACGUUCAAACCCUCUGUUCCAUGUUGACUUACAAAAGGGGUUUGCCUGAAAUAUUAAGCGGCAUUCCUUUGGAUCCGUACACUAUGAGAUACUCGCCACCGUUCGACGAGUUUGAAGUGGACCGAUGCAUUAUUCCUUUGGGUGCACAAGUGGUUCUUCCAGCAAGCCUGGGCCCUGCGAUUCUUAUUGUUCUCUCUGGAAAGGGUCUGGUAGAAUUGGAUGCUGUGACUGAAGAUUUGGUUAAGGGUGAUGUUUUCUUUGUGUCCUGUGAGAGUGAGCUUAGAUUAACUGCUCAUGAUGAGUUGCAUAUGUAUAGGGCUGAGGUGAACCACAGGUUUUUUAAGUAAAUCUUCUCUCCCAUUCAAUCAUGACAAAGGGCUGAGGUGAACUAAGGUUUUUGAGUAAAUUAUCCGUCUCAUGUAUAGUGCUGAGGUGAAUAAUAACAUGUUUUAUUGAGUGGUCCCUCUCCCCCUCUCCCGUCUAGGGCUGAGGUGAACUAAAAGCUUUUUAGUAAAUGAUCUCUGGCUUAUGUAUAGUGCUGAAAUGAAUAAAGAACAUGCUUUUUUGAGUGCUC